AUUUUGGGAAUUAUCCAGUGCUUUUUUUCCCUGUGGGGAUGCAGGGGGACGCAGACCCCUAAACGUUUUGUGAAUCUAAGUUUGGCCUCAUUGAGGGGCAGUAUUUCAAUAUGAGUAGGAAAAGGAGAGAACAGUUUCAGGUUAAGAACGGACCUCCAGAACGAAUUAAGUACGUAACCCGAGGUGCCACUGUAAUGGGGAAGGAGGUUUUCCACCACUUUCAGACCACAUACAAAGUCUGUCUUGGGAGAAGUUAAAAAUAGGUAGUUUGCUACUUUGUUCUUUGGAUUCCUGCAGUUGAGCUUCUGGAUCAAUCUUUGAGGCAACCCAAUUUCUACGCAGCGUCGGGGGCAAAGCUAGACUAAUAUGACCCAUUGAUUUCACUAGGGAUAGUCCACCAAACCAAGUAGAGUGGUACCUCGGGUUACAUACACCUCAAGUUACAGACUCCGCAAACCCAGAAACAGUGCUUCAGGUUAAGAACUUUGCUUCAGAAUAAGAACAGAAAUCGUGCUCCGGCGGCGCAGCAGCAGCAGGAGGCCCCAUUAGCUAAAGUGGUGCUUCAGGUUAAGAACGGACCUCCGGGACGAAUGAAGUACGUAACCCGAGGUACCACUGUACAGCCUUGUCGCCCUCCUUUCCCGAUCCGUUGUUCCCUAUCCAGUUCUGCCUGCAGCUGCUUUCUCAGGAGACAGGCGGGCGUCCUCCUCCUCGCGAGUAAACCCGGCACCUGCGCGCCGACGGAGGAGGAGGAGGCGGGCCUGUCGGCGGCGGCCCUGGAGCCUCUUCCCCGGCAGCCCGCCCGCCAUUCAGCCUCCCAGGCCGGCGACGCCCAUCGCUCCUCCUCCUCCUCCUUCUCCGCUCCGCUUCUGACCUUCCUUCCCUCCGAGGCGCGUUUCGUAAGCGGGGAGCCGGGCCUUCUUUCCGCGGGGCCAUGGCUGCAGCUGCCGGUGAGUGCCUCAGCUCGGCCGGGCCUAGUCCGCGCCCCGCGCCGCGCCUUCGCCCUUGCCCGGCCUCGGAGCCGGGAAGACCCGGGGAGCCCGGGCGACCUUGGCGCCCGCCUCUCAGCCUCGCCUCCCUGGAGGAAAAAGGGGAGAGAAAUGCAAAGUAGUCUGGGCAUAACGUACUCCAGUGGGUGAGAGGAGUAAGAAUGUAGUGGCAAAUAUGGAUUAAUACAUUAAUAAAGUAUUGGUAAAUAUUGAUUAGGGAGGUGGGUGGUGCUGUGGGUUAAAUGCCCUCCCACCAGAUGUCAAAGAGAACAACAACCACCAGACUUUUAGAAGACAUCUGAAGGCAGCCCUGUUUAGGGAAGUUUUUAAUGUUUGAUGUAUUACAGUAUUUUAAUAAUUUUUUGGGAAGCCACCCAGAGUGGCUGGGGAAGCCCAGCCAGAUGGGCAGGGUAUAACUAAAUUAUUAUUAUUAUUAUUAUUAUUAUUAAACCGCAGAGCCUAGGGCUUGCCGAUCGGAAGGUCGGCGGUUCGAAUCCCCGCGACAGGGUGAGCUCCCGUUGCCCGGUCUCAGCUCCUGCCCACCUAGCAGUUCGAAAGCACGUCAAAGUGCAAGUAGAUAAAUAGGUACCACUCCGGCGGGAAGGUAAACGGCGUUUCCGUGCGCUGCUCUGGUUCGCCAGAAGCGGCUUAGUCAUGCUGGCCACAUGACUUGGAAGCUGUACGCCGGCUCCCUUGGCCAAUAAAGCGAGAUGAGCGCCACAACCCCAGAGUCGGCCACGACUGGACCUAAUGGUCAGGGGUCCCUGUACCUUUACCUAAAUAGUGAUUUAUGUUUGACUUAUGGCAGGCCAAAUACUUCAUCAUUAAAAAUGUUUUAAGGGCACCUGACCAACUCUUAACUAGCUUGGAAAACCUAGUCUGUGGCUCAUUUUUGACACUUUGAAAAAUGUGUGGCCUUUUCUGCUUUCUCUUCUUAGUGUUUUGAACAAUCCACUAGAUAUUUAUGACUUAAAUGUGAGAUGGCUACUGAAUAGGUUUGAGUACCCAAAACCAUAUCUUUUCCAGUUGUGACCCUAUGGAACCUAUCAGGGUAUCUUCUGAUGAGCUUUCUCCCCCACGGGAUUUUGUUGCUGUCGCUCUUAUUAAAUUUCCCAAAAAGAAACAAAAGCAAAUGCAGUCAGAGGAUACUCAAGGGUAACAGGUCAUCCUUGGUGAGCACAAAAUUUGGCACCCCCCCCAAAAUAGGUCAUUGUUCUUCCUACUGCUUUGUGUCCCCUCAGCUUGGCGCCUGCUGUGGGAGAACUGCCUGCACCAUCUUGAAUCCGGCGCUGUCGUACUUCUACCAGCACAUCUUGCAGAGUUCAGUGGUGCUUUCCCUCUUAAAUUCACUGUUUUGCUCAAGGACCUGAAGCCAAGAGUAGGGUCUUCUGCGUCAUGUUACGUUUCUCUCUUUAUGUUGCAACUUUUUCUAACAUGUCACCUUUCUCCCCUCCCACCCCCCCUCCUCCCAGGCGUAGUUGUUAGGAUUUUGGACAAACGUCUUCCUUCUGCUCUGCGUGCAAGUGGAGGACCAUGCCGGUUCGUGAACAGGAGGAUGUGCAGCAAAACCCAAGCAGAGAAUGUGCAGAAGCCGAAACCCCAGGCUUCAGGUAAACCAGUGCUUAUCUCCGUGCUUGAUUGGUAAUAUGGUGUUUCACGCAAUCUGCUCCCCAAGUAUUUGUGUGUAGUGUAGUAGCCUUACCCUUUGUGUAAAUAACUGCUUUUUGAUGACCCGUCAUUGACUACUAUGUACAAAUUCAUUUCUUUCUUUUCUGCCAUGUUUGGUCGUUCUGGAAAGAACUGGGCAUAUAACUAUAGGUUCCAGCAGCGUGCCUGGAAAUCCAACAUGUGUAUUUGCAUGUGACUGCCUCUGGUGCUGAUUGGUAGUUUUUAAAUUGUUUUAUAUGCAUGCCCCAAAUCAGAUUUCUUUUUCCAGUAUCUGAAAGAAUGGUGGCAUAUCCACAAGUGUGCAUGUAGCCCAUUAACACUGAAGGAAAAGGUAUAGCGCAAUGGGAAGUAGUUGUUGACUGGAAAUUAGGACAGUGAAUGAACGGCAUGCAUCUUCUGUAUUGAGGAUCUUACUUUCUUCGUUAAAUUUGUGCAAUUUAAAAAUGAGGAAGUAGAUCCAUGUACAUUGUAUGCAAUGUGUGUGCUAGCUUUACCUUCAUGUGGUGACUUGCUGUUUGAUUUCCUUUCCCUAUAAACUUUUGACUAACCUUCCUUUCUAUGGCUAUGUUUGCUUAACUAUGUAUGCUACCAUAUUUUGCAUGCCAAAGUCCGUAUGUGAGACUUGCUGCAAUCAGGCCUUGUCUGUCUAAAGGGUUUUGGUGACUAAGGCUGCAAUCCUAACCCAAUUUAUCUGGGAGUAAGCCCUACUUCUGAGUUGACAGGCAGCCACUAAGGCAGGCAUCCCCAAACUCGGCCCUCCAGAUGUUUUGAGACUACAAUCCCCAUCAUCCCUGACCACUGGUCCUGUUAGCUAGGGAUGAUGGGAGUUGUAGUCCCAAAACAUGUGGAGGGCCGAGUUUGGUGAUGCCCUCACUAAGGACUUGGAAGUGGUUGAUCAUUAGUAAAUGAAGGUGUCUUUGUGUAGGAAGGUGGAUGGCUUGAAGAUACCUCAGCCCAUAUUUUCUGAACUUGUUACUGUCUAGAAGCAUUAAAUCCUUUAAUCCCCAUUUGCACCUUUGCCUUUCCCACUGUUUAGCAUUUGGGACCAACUGUCCCCCCACCACACACUUUUUUUUUGGUAGAUAGACACUCAUGAAUAGGGAAUGGGACAUGAUUGUUGUGUUCAAAUAUACUGGUUGGUAUGAGCUGAAGAAUUUUCACCUUCUUAUCAGCAGUCUGAAACGCAGAUAGCUUGCUACUGGUAUUUUAAGCUCCUAAACCCCCAUGGUCAAAACUCUAAUUCUUUAAUCAUUCAGAAGUGGCUCAGUGUGCAAAGUGUUUUAUCUACAUGCAGAAAAAAACCCACAGGGCUCAAAACCAUAGUUGGUAGGAUCAGGGCUAGUAAUAAGUAGAGCUAGCCUACACUCUUGCAGACAUGUACAUACAUGACACCCCCCCCCCGUGCAGAGGAGACCGGCGCCAUCCUUCUAUCUCUCCUGCACACAGCUGAGAAGAGGGUGAUCCAGAGUCCCAGGACUUACUACGCUGCUGGCUUGUUUCCCGAUCAGCAGAGUGGGGAGAGAUUGUGUAAUCCCAGCUCGUAACUCUCCUCUGCCACUGCUAAGAUGACCAGGAAUAGCUGAGCAGUGGAUAAAAGGGGAGAGUUUCUGGUACCUUGAGGUGGCAGCUCCUAAUGAAACCAAGUUCCCUUCCCCUCUCUUUCCCCAACAGGAAAGGUCAGGGACAAGAUAAGCAAACUAGGCUGAAGCUAGCUGGAUUGGCUUUUGUAUUGGUCACUGAGAAAGGGAAUCCACUUCCUCUUCAGCCAAUAAUAAUAAUAAUAAUAAUAAUAAUAAUAAUAAUAAUAAAAAUUUAUUUAUACCCUGCCCAUCUGGCUGAGUUUCCCCAGCCACUCUGGGCGGCUUCCAAUCAAGUGUUAAAAACAAUACAGCAUUAAAUAUUAAAAACUUCUCUAAACAGGGCUGCCUUCAGAUGUCUUUUAAAAAGAAGAUAGCUGCUUAUUUCCUUCACAUCUGAAGGGAGGGCGUUCCACAGGACGGGGGCCACUACUGAGAAGGCCCUCUGCCUGGUUCCCUGUAGCUUGGCUUCUCGCAGCAAGGGAACCGCCAGAAGGCCCUCGGCGCUGGACCUCAGUGUCCGGGCUGAACGAUGGGGGUGGUGACGCUCCUUCAGGUAUACAGGACCGAGGCCGUUUAGGGCUUUCAAGGUCAGCACCAACACUUUGAAUUGUGCUUGGAAACUCAGCACAGAGCUGAUCAGGCUGGUGAAGCAAUGACAGAGUGCUCUGCUUUGCCAUCCUGAUUGGUGGAGCAGGGAUACUGAGCAGAGUCCAGAUGAAGGCCUGAGGGGGCCAGUGGCUCCCCAUACCUCAAGUAAUUGGCUGUGCUGCGAGUGAUCGCUAUCUCGAUUCCACCUUCUGGAUAAGGCGUUUGGUUCUCAAGCACUGCAUUUUCUCUCCCCUGCUUUCUACAGCCUCUUUCAAAGUUCCAGGACACAAGCCCAGUGACUGGGACAAGAAGUUGUUGCUAUGGACGGGCCGUUUCAAGAAAGAAGAGGAUAUACCAGAAACAGUGUCGUAAGUUUGAGUUUCACAAACCAAGCAUUUAAAAAACUGCUUUAAACUGUACUUCCAGUGUAGCUGAAAUGACUCCAUAUUUGACUCCAGUAAUUAUUUCAUGCUAAAGCUGGCAUAUGCCCUUCGCAAAGGAAUAAAGAUACAGUGGUGCCUUGCAAGACGAAUGCCUCGCAAGACGAAAAACGCGCAAGACGAAAGAGUUUUCCGUUUUUUGAGUCGUUCCGCAAGACGAAUUUCCCUAUGGGCUUGCUUCGCAAGACAAAACGCCUUGCGAGUUCUUGCGAGUUUGUUUCCUUUUUCUUAAAGCCGCUAAGCCGUUAAUAGCCGCUAAGCCGCUAAUAGCCGUGCUUCGCAAGACGAAAAAACCGCAAGACGAAGAGACUCGUGGAAUGGAUUAAUUUCGUCUUGCGAGGCACCACUGUAAUACUCUUUUCUCUCCACAACCCAUUUUUUUUUAAUCAGUGAAAUGCAGAUAGCUGUUACAGCAAGAUGUUCAAAUUAUUAUUGGCUGCGUUCACACACAACACAAUAAGUCAUGGCUUGUUUUAACCACGUCUUGUUCAACAAACCAUAGGUUGUCUCAUAGGCAGGAAAGCAAGUCGCAGCUUGUGUCUUCAGCUUGUUUUCCAGCUACUCUUGCCUCGCACAUCUGUAGCUUGGUGAAGGAUAGGGGAACUAUACAGAGUGUGGCGAAGCAAGACACUUUGGUUUGAACAUAACGCUAAACAGUGGAUCUUGUAAGUUAACAACAAAUAUUGGCUCCGCAUUAUGGUUUGUUGCUCGAAAACAGACCUUGGUUAGUUUGGGUUGGGUGUGGAUGUUCAAACAAGCCAUACUCUGGGAAAGCAAACCACGGCUUAGCAUUAAGCACAAACCAGGCUAAAAUUGCCAUUUGCAUAAUUCUGGUUGUAAUUCUUGGUAAUAUUCAGAGAAUCCAGAAUAUUUUAUAAAAGAUGAGUGAUCGCGGGUAUGUGGAUUAGGAGGUGUAAUGUGGCUUGGCUACAUUUUAAUCCCAUCACAAGUAGUCGUGUGCAAGCUCUGAUUGAGGGUUCUGAAAUUCUCCUUGGAGACAGGCAGGCAAAGAAGGAUCAACUUGUGUGCUGUCUACCUCUGCUUAUUUCUUUGUCUUUCCCUCUGCCAAUGUCUAGAAAUCCAGUUUGUUACACAGAGUUGAACAGAGGCAACCUAUUUUUUCACUGCGUCAUGUGAUGAGCAUAAGGUGUAGGCUGGUUUUUAGGUCUGAGCCCCUUGAGCACUGUCCAUCUUGGGGUUCUGAGCUUUCAGUAGAUACAGGCUGGAUAAAAUUGGUGUUCAUCUGACCUGUAUCAAAGCCUUUUCCAGCCUUAUGAAGACUAUGUUAGUUUUACAUGAAGCAGUGAAGCAUUUCAGAGAGCCUCACCGUCCUGUGCUGCUUGGGUCUGUGUGCUAUUUGACUACAUGUCUCAAGGAAAUCCUAUCAGCAAAGAAUAUUAUUGAGCUUGCAGAGUGCUUUUGUAGCUUCCUAUCAUAUGUUCUUUGUAGUAGUAGUCACCCAGUGUGAAAAAUAGUAGCGUAGGGCCUCUGCAAGGCUGAUCAAGGGAUCCAGACACUCAAAGCUUGCUGCUUGUUUUCAGCUGUGUCGAAGAGCAAAGCAAUCGGCAGCAGCUGCCAGAAGCAACUGACUUUGAACUGUGAUUACAUUAUCAGUUCUGUUUCCAGAAGUUACUGACUCUGUCAUGCAUGUUACUGAUUCCACCAAUUAACUACUCAAACGGCAAACUCUUAAUGAAAUUGUAGAAACAGGCACAACGACAGAUUCGGGCAGAAUACAGUGGCACCUCGGGUUACAUACGCUUCAGGUUACACACACGUCACGUUACAGACUCCGCCAACCCAGAAAUACUACCUCGGGUUCAGAACUUUGCUUCAGGAUGAGAACAGAAAUCGUGCUCUGGUGGCGUGGCAGCAGUGGGAGGCCCCUUUAGCUAAAGUGGUGCUUCAGGUUAAGAACAGUUUCAGGUUAAGUACGGACCUCUGGAACGAAUUAAGUACUUAACCCGAGGUACCACUGUAGAUUGCACAAAGCUUCCCAGGCUUUUGUGUUAGCUCUUCCUUGAUACAGUUCUGGAGCAAGAAUUAUUUCGCAGAUGGGCUUUUAGUGUUGAGUUCUUAAAAAGCUGCGAAGCAGAUUUUGUGGGAACCCUGUUAGGUUUAUAGUGAGGGUGCUGAAGCACUAACCCAAAUAUUCUGAGAUUUUGUCAGCUGUUUGCUUAUUAUCUUAUUGAACAUUUUUUCACACUGUUGACAGAGGUGAUGACUACAUGUUGGCUUGGAAAGGCAACAUUAGAAAUGUUUCCUCUCAUAGGUUCUUUCCAGCUUUGACUUAAUUGUGGUAGCAAGUUCCACAGUUUAACUAUGUGCUGUGUGAAGAGGUUUGGCCAAAAUAUUUCACCGUCCAGCUUCAUUGGAUGACUCCGAGCUCUAGAACCCUGGAGGACCCUUCUCUCUAGAACCCAGGUAAGAGUCUAGAACUCUGGGUUCUAGAGAGAAAAGUAUCUCUGUACCCACGUUUUUCUUUCUGUGCAUCAUUUUACAUAGCGUGGUGUUCCCUUUUACUUUUUUUUCCAAACUAAAAAGCCCCAAAUGUUGUAACCUUUGCUCAUUUUGAUUGCCAUCUUCUCAACCUUUUCCAGCUUUACAAGAUCCUUUUGUGGGGUGAGGAGACCAGAAAUGUAGACAGUUCAGUCACACCAUUGAUUUGUACAAUGGUACUGGCUGUUUUAUUUUCAGCUCCUUUUCUCAUGACUCCUAGCAUGGAAUUCACCUUCCUCACAGCUGCCACAAAUUGGGUUAUCUGCCAUGACCCAAGAACCUUUUUGUAGUGACUGCCAGCUUAGAUCCUGUCAGUUAGAUAGAUCCCUCUGGUGAAGGUGAGGGCUGCUGCUGUUGUUUCGCCCCAGUAUAAAUCACUUUUCACUUGCUUACAUUGUAUGGCAUUUUUCAUUUGCCCCUUCACUCAGACCUUCUCAAGCUCCUCUGUGUCAUUAGUUGUUGAUAGAUCAUAUGGGGACAUCCUUGCACACCGGGAAUCGGGUUGUGUUGGCCUUUCUAUUAUGGCUGCCGAGUGACGACACUGUCUUUAAUAUGGAAUAAGCCAUGGAAGAGAGACACAUCCAUCAGGAGGGGACCAUACUGACAUUUCUUCACUGUCAGAAGAUCUCUUUUCUUCAGAAGUCCCACACUGUCUUUCUCUCUGCCUGGUCAGGUCCAUUCAAGGGUUGAUUUUAGGAGUGGUCUGCAUCAUGCAAGUAUUCCUUUCCCCUUCUCCUUACCUUGCUUUGCAGCAUCUGUGUGAAGAUUAAGCUCCUGAGCACUUGGCUCCCCCUGCUCCUAGUGCCUGCUAGUUUUUCUCCCUCCCUCAGAAGAGAAGGGACCUGUUGGUCCUUUUGAAGGUCAGAGUUGUGCCCUACCUGCAUGCCUCCUAAUUCUGGUCUCCUGGUCUAAGGACUUCAAAAGCAGCCAAGCAGGACUGGGCCAAGCCAGCGGUUCUGCCUGAAUAAGAAAAAAAUCCGGACACUUUUAACCCAAGCUCUAGGGCAGGGGUUGGCAACUUGCGGCCCAUGGGCCACAGGUGGCCCUCGGGGGUCAUUUAAACGGCUCCAGAGCCGCCCCUGAACCAAGCUGCCUUCACGGUGAGCCCCUGCGCACUGUGCUAAACCGGUGCAGCGCGGAGCGGGGACUUGCUUCCGCAGUGCUAGAAAUCAUGUUUGCUCAUGCGCAGACGCCAAAAAUCGCGUCUGCACAGAUGCGAUCUGGCCCAUGGAGCCAUCUCCGUGGGAGUGAACCAGCCCAGGCAAGGUAAACCUUGCCGGCCCCUGCUCUAGGGGUUAUGUAGUCCCCAGAAUGGUACAAUAAUGGGUUUUGCCUUAUGGCUUGUUGUUGUUGUUUAGUCGUUUAGUCAUGUCCGCCUCUUCGUGACCCCCUGGACCAGAGCACGCCAGGCACUCCUCCUGCCUUCCACUGCCUCCCGCAGUUUGGUCAGACUCAUCCUGGUAGCUUUGAGAACACUGUCCAACCAUCUCAUCCUCUGUCAUCCCCUUCUCCUUGUGCCCUCCAUCUUUCCCAACAUCAGGGUCUUUUCCAGGGAGUCUUCUCUUCUCCUGAGGUGGCCAAAGUAGUGGAGCCUCAGCUUCAGGAUCUGUCCUUCCAGUGAGCACUCAGAAUGGAUAGGUUUGAUCUUCUUGCAGUCCAUGGGACUCUCAAGAGACUCCUCCAGCACCAGAAUUCAAAAGCAUCAAUUCUUCGGCGAUCAGCCUUCUUUAUGGUCCAGCUCUCACUUCCAUACAUCACUCUAUGGACUUGCGUACAAAACUCCAUGGACAAACACAACAGGCCUUAUGGCUUAGCAGCCUUUAACUAGAUUCUUCCUUUGAUUUCCCCCCAUUAACAAGAUGGUCAAGGCAGUGGAAGCAGCUAUGGCUUGACAAUGCUAAUCCACGACAAUUAAUUUAGGAUAAUUCAUUCUUUAAAGGUUUGAGAUGGUUGACGCGGCGAGGAACAAGAUGCGUGUGAAGAUCAGCUACGUAAUGAUUGCCUUGACAAUCAUGGGCUGCAUAUUGAUGGUCGUUCUGGGGAAGCGGGUGAGUACAAAAGAGCGAAGAGGUUGGCAACAGCGUGGGGGGAAAGAGCUAAAGGACCAGCCUAAUCUCUCAGGAAAAGCAAUUAAAUUGUGGGAAUACAGCAGCAGGGAAAAUGUGGGUGGUUGUAUUCUUAAUAAAGUAAAUGGAAGGAUAAACUAUAGUUUACCUAAGAGAUGGGGGGAGGGAGAGAGGAAGAAAGAGGGAAUUAGAAUCAAAGUCAGGGUAGGAUAGGCACGAGAAUGGGAAUUUCCCCAAAUGUGGAAUUCAGUGCAUUAUCAACAGUUUAUGUCAAUAGCUCUGUGGGAGAUUGCUUAUAGUUUUCAUAAAAAAUAUACCGUAUUUUUCACUCUAUCGGACGCACUUUUCCCCCUCCAAAAAUAAAGGGGAAAUGUGUGUGCAUCCUAUGCAGGCUCCUUGGCUUCAGCGAUAGCAACGCGAAGCCUCCAAAGCGCAGAGGGAGCACUCCCUCCGCGCUCCGGAGGCUACGCAUUGCUUUCCCUGAAGCCUGGAGAGCAAGAGGGGUCAGUGAGUACCGACCCCUCUCGCUCUCCAGCCUUCAGGGAUAGCUGCCUGAAGCCUUUGGAGCACAGCGGGACCUUGCGCUGGAGUGGUUGCGCGCGGCUAAAGAGGAAGCCAAGACAGCCAGCGGGAUGGAUCCCGCUCGCUGUCUUGGCUUCUUUGCUCUUUGGGGCUGGGGGAGGGGAAUAAGAUUUUUUUUCUUGAUUCCCCCCCUAAAAACUAGGUGCGCCUUAUGGAGCGAAAAAUACGGUACUGUAAUGUUAGCUGGAAACUGCAAUAUGGAGAGGGAUUGAAAUGGCCCCCCACUGGCAGACAGGAUUAUAGCAUCAUGUUUGGCACCUCCAUUUCUUGAUGCUUAGUUACUCUUUUCUGCCUUUUCUUGAAAGCUCUGCUAUUAUCUGUUAGGCUCUUAAGGUGAGCAGGAGAGGAUAUAUAUAGGGGCUCUUCGUCCUGUUAUCAUUACUUGUUUCCUGAAAUAAAGAAAUUAACCUGUCUGACAUAGAACCAAACAGUCUGGGUUCAAGUCUUGUAGUCUUUCAAGUAGUGCGCAGUCUUCCAUUGAGUGGUCAUUUCACAAGUCCUGGAGUCUAAAAAGCCUUUCAAGUCUUCAUACAGCAAACCCGCAACUUACUUAUGGGUUACAUUCCAGGAAUCACACCUAAAGCCAAAAUAAUGUAUAGUCACAUGGUUACUUUCCUUGCAUGCUUCUGUGGUCUCUUCUUUGCUGCAGGCUGUGGAGAGGCACGAAUCCCUGACGAGCCAGAAUCUGGAGAAAAAAGCUCGCUGGAGAGAGGAGGCUGCUCAGAGUGUCUCUGCCAAACCAUAGUCAAGAGGAAGGACAAUACUUCAGAAGGCACAAGAUAUAUAUCUUUUAAUUAUAGAGGAGGAGGAGGGGCUGGAGGGAAGGCAUAUUCAUUAGUCAAGGGUUGCUUCCGAGCUUCCAGAAAAUAAAAUUAUUUUGUGGUAAUCCUAUGAAGAUUUCAUAUUUUGCUAGUAUCCAGUAACUAUCCAGUUUCAAAGAAAGCUAAAUACAGUAUCCAAUUCCGUUCAGUUACUGUAUGUAUUAAAAUAUUCAUUGCACCUUCUGUAUUGGUCGAUAGGCUUGUUGAAGCAAGGUAUUGAAUUCACCUUGAGUGACUAAUAGCAUACAUAGGAAUCUCUCUCUCUCUCUCUCUCUCCACACACACAUACACGGUGGUAGCACAGAUAGCUUAAUGGUAUGUGACCUAACGCUUUGAAACAGCAGUAAUGGAAUGUAGACGCUACCGCUUGCUCUCAUAUCAUCUACCAGCCGUGAAUGUUUUGGGAUGCUAAUAUCUGUAAUAAUUCUGGUUUUCUGUUCUGUUGAUAUCAUCCUAAAACCUUUGAUUCUAAACUUCAUAAUUUCUGGCAUCUUCAUUAUUUCAGGAUAUAACUGGCAUAUGUCAUUCAGCUCCAGUGCAGAACAAGUGCUCAGAACACAAAACUCAUACAUCGAAGUUGACAUGGCGCCCAAUUCAAAAGUCUUUGGUAAACACAGGGAAGUUCGGAGGUCAGAAAGUCUGGCUAUGCAUGAAUAGACAAGCCUUUGCCCUGAGGAUCAUGCACUCUAAAUCCAACACAGAGGAUAGCACUAAAAGGAGGUACUCUUCAGGACUUCAAUCCUAUACCCACUUACAUGGGCGUGAUACCCUAAUGGCUUCAAGGAAGUAUUCACAAUUUUGGGGAUAAAAUGGUGGUGUGUGGAACCCACAGGAAAAUUGGCAAGGGUCCUUGGAACACUUUCCUAACACUACUCUCUGGGAUCAGUUGCUGACGUAGGAACAGAAACACAAUAAAAGUGUGUUCCUGGUACCUAGCAAUCUCCUUAAAACUGGCAUCAAAAGCUGCAGAAAAUUGCUUAUACGGUCAUACCUUGAUUCUCAAAUGUAAUUGGUUCCAGAAUUCCGUUCGACUUCUGAAAACAUUCGAAAACCAAGGUGUGGCUUCCAGUUGGCUGCAGGAGCUUCCUGCGCUCAGUUGGAAGCAGCGUUGGGAUGUUCAGCUUCCAAAAGACAUUCACAAACUGGAACACUCACUUCCGGGGUUGCAGCGUUUGGGAGCCAAAACGUAUGAGUACCAAGAAGUUCGAGAACCAAGGUACAACUGUAUUCAAAGUCACUCUUCCCUGGCCUUAGUCUGAAUAAGGCCAUUUCCAAAAACCAGGCUUGGACCCACAUUGAAAUGGGCCAACAUAAUCGUCCUCCACGAUUACCUCCAGUUGCUCAAGCUGUUACCCUCUUGACUAAUAAUGGGGCAUUUGCAACUUGUCAGUCACCAUUGGGUCCAGGUUUGACUUCUUUAAGAAAUGGGUGCACUAAUCAUGCCUCUCUCUAAGAGCAACAGAGUCCACAAAACAGUGCUAGGCAUAAGAUGCCACAACCGUUGCAUUAAGAUCAUUCCAAAGACAAGUGUCUUCAUCCUCGAAAGUGCUGCCCAAACAUGUCAAAGUGGGACUUGGAUAGAUCCAGUAGCAUGACCUCCAGGGUCAGCAGCGGCCAUAUGGCUACUUGAUGCAGUGGAGGCAGUGCAGUAUGACCUUGCAGUGCUCACCACCACAUGGUAGGUGCAAUUAUGCACUCAAACCAGUGUUCAUUAUACAGUGGUACCUCGGGAUGCAAACGGGAUCCGUUCUGGAGCCCCGUUCACAUCCUGAACAGAACAUAAAACGCAUCUGCGCGGGUUGCGUUUUGCCGCUUCCGCGCAUGCACAUGAUGUAAUUUUGACCAUCUGUGCAUGCGCGAGUGGUGAAACCCAGAAGUAACACACUCCGUUACUUCCAGGUCGCCGCGGAGUGCAACCCGAAAAUACUUAUCCUGAAACAUAUUUAUCCCGAGGUAUGACUGUAGCAGUUUAGGUAAAUAAUCCCAUGUAGGUAAGAAACAGCUACAGCAAAGAUGUAGCACAAACCACUCUUUCAGUUUGGGUCUACUUAGCCUUGCCACCAUGCAUAGGUAAAGGGACCCCUGACCGUUAGGUCCAGUCGUGGCCGACUCUGGGGUUGUGGCGCUCAUCUCGCUUUACUGGCCGAGGGAGCUGGCGUACAGCUUCCGGGUCAUGUGGCCAGCAUGACUAAGCCGCUUCUGGCGAACCAGAGCAGCGCACAGAAACACCGUUGACCUUCCCGCCGGAGCGGUACCUAUUUAUCUACUUGCACUUGGACAUGCUUUCAAACUGCUAGGUUGGCAGGAGCAGGGAUCGAGCAAUGGGAGCUCACCCCGUCGCGAGGAUUCGAACCUCCGGCCUUCUGAUCGGCAAGUCCUAGGCUCUGUAGUUUAACCCACAGCGCCACCCGCGUCCCUUGCAUACUAGUGCUCAAAUGACACAGGCUUUCUGUUGUUGAAAAGUUGUGAUAUGAUUUGGCAAAAACAGAGACGCCAAGGGAAGGGGUUAUGGAUCAUUAGUGGCCCCUCACCCGUCUUUUCCCCAUAAAGCACUGUGCAUAGAAGCACACACAGCAUAGAAACAUAGAACUGUAGAGUUGGAAGGGGCCACAAAGGUCAUCUAGUCCAACCCCCUGCAAUGCAGGAAACGUUUGCCCAAUGUAGGGUGUGAAUCCACAAUCUUGAGAUUAAGGCCAAGUAAAAGUGGGGUUGUAUGGAGUGCAGGUUGUAAAAAGCACAAUUUGUUAUGUUGCCCAUCACUGCUGAUCACAAGGCAUGCCUUGGUCUGUAAUUUACUAGCUUUGUGGAGCUUGAGCCAACAUGAGAUGACCUUUAACCAGCCAGGUUUUUAAAAAUAAUGGAAUAAAUUACGUAAUUCAGGAGGUCUCUUAUCUCUCCUCCCACCCCAUCCCCCACCUACUGGUUGUCAAAAAAAUCUACUGAUGCCUUAUGCAGACAACAUGAGCCUUAUUCCAUUUUCCCAAUGAUUAUUAUUGUUCUUAGCAUUUGUUUGCUGUUUCAUGCAAAAAAAAAGGGGGGUGUCUCCAAGCAACUUAAAAUGAUAAAACAGAAACAGGUAAAAUUAAUUAGAAACCACAUUGAGAAAAGAAACAUAAUACACAAAGAUUCUUAAAAGUGCUCAUCCAGCAACACAAAUGUACCCCCCUCCCUUGUCCCCAUCACAGGAUAGGCUAAAAUAGCACACAAAUGUUUUUCCUGAAGUGUAGGUAAUCCAGAUACUUUAUGAAAUAUUAAUUGUGCAUUGUAGAAAUGUUUUUUAUUGUGCAUUUUUGGUCUCAUUUUAUCUUGCACACUGCUCUGAUGGCUUGUGAUUUAUAAAUAAUCUGAAUCAAUAAUUUAUAAAAAUGUAAAAUAAAAAGGGGGAGGAGGGGAGAAUGUUCCAUCACACCUGUGUAAUAUUUACCUUAGUGUUACAUUGAAUACAACCUUUUUUCAAGAGAUCUAUGUUAUUCCACUGGUGGAUCAGGACUAGACACCAACUUCAACUCUGGGGUGCACUAUUGCCACUACAGGAAUAUUUUAAAGAAAAGCCUUGAGCCACUAAUUGCUCAUUAACCCACUUGAUAUAGAGUUCUUCUGAAGAUAAAAAUGGCAGAGGAGAACUCCAUGCAUUGAAUAACCAUGUAAGAUGCAUAGAAUUAAAAAUAAAAAAGGCCCACUUCCUAGGGCAGAGGAUGUUACUCUCAGUAGUAGCCUGUUAUUUUCAAGGGCAAUAUAUCUGAACUCGCCUGGUU